AUGUCUAGCAACUGCACUCGUACUGGCUCCAAGGCUUCCCGCAAGGCGGCUAAGAACACAGUCUUUGGCGCAACUUCCCACCCUAGCAGCCUCAGUGGGCAAUCGAGCUCUAGUGUAAGAAGGAGCCUGUACAGUGGCUGUGUGGAAACUCAGUCUGCGUGCCUUGAGGCCAACUACGAAGGCCCUUCUGACCGUUCGCAUGCUAUCUUCUAUCAGCCAGAUCAAGGUAUUCAGCCUUUGGUCUCGGAUGUAAACAUGGGCCGUAUUGAGGAGCCAAGAGCGCUCCGCGCUGAGCCUGAACUUCAAUUUGGGACUGUGAUUAGCCUCACCAUCGCCAAUGUUAUUUACGUUAUCAUACAUCAAGACUUGAAGUAG